AUGGCAGAAGAAAUAACUCCUCUUGUUGUGGACAAUGGUUCCGGAAUGUGCAAGGCCGGCUUCGCUGGCGAUGACUCGCCUCGUGCUGUCUUCCCCUCCCUUGUGGGUCGUCCCCGUCAGCAGAGCAUUAUGGUAGGCAUGGGCAACAAAGACAGCUACGUGGGUGAUGAGGCGCAGUCAAAGAGAGGCAUCCUCACUCUCAAGUAC